AGCUCAAGUCGAUAAAAUGUAGCCAAAGUUAAACAAUAUGGCUGUGUAUACGUUCGACAAAAAGUGUAACGUGGAAAUUUCAUUCGUUUUUAAAAGUUCGUCAUAGUUAUAUCUAUAUUGGAAAAGGUUUGAUAAAUUAUUUAAGAAUCAUGGCUACCAUCAGCAAAAGUAAUCUAUCUAGAGAGGAUAUAAGAUCUGCGGAUAAGGACGAAAAAGAAACCCUCUUGGAACAUGAUAGUGAGCCCGAUGAAGAUAUGAUAUUUAACAAUGAAAAAACUGCUUGAUAUAUCAUCUCUCAUCAGUGGAGGUUCAUUAAGAUCAUGAAAAUGUUGAAGACUUAAGAUAUGCCUUUUAUCCACCCAUCAUGUCUGACAUAUGAUUUCAGCCGUCCCAGUACGUCAAAUGGAAUAAGCAGAGCCGAUGGAAAAAUGGAUAGCAUCAGAAUCCAAAUUCAAGAGGUGACAGAUGUGAUGCGAGAUAACGUGAAGAAAGUCAUGGAACGUGGAGAGAGAUUAGAGGAUCUACAAGAUGCAAGUGAUCGAUUGUCUAUGGCUGGUAGUCAAUUUAGAGAAGCAGCAAAGAAAGCACAACGAAGGGCAUGGUUACAAAACGUGAAAUCACGGAUUAUUAUUGUCAGUGUUACAUUGACGAUCGUUCUCUUUAUCGUUGUUUUGGACAUCUUGGCGCUUUACCUGGUUCUCAGAUAGCAAACGUCCUAUAGAGUGGUAUUCUGUUCUUCAGAAAUGAAGUAUCCAUUAUUAUCAAGUAUACGUGACCUCAAUAUCUUCAACAACGAGAGAUCACAGUCGAUGUCACAAGCACAGACCUUGUCUUUGUACCUUUUUUCGCGGAAUUAUUUGUGCGUAAUUUAAUUAUAACCUUGUGUAUAUAUAUAUAUAUAUAUAUAUA